AGAGAGGGAGGGAGCAGUUUUCAGUUCUGGCGCAAGGGUAGCUGUUAAAGCUGUAGGUAACUAUUAGAGCUGGUCUGAAUCUCUGUUGGAAAAACUAAGUUUACUCUGCCAAACGAAUUAGUACUGUACAUGGUGAUGGUCUAUUAGUUUCCAAGCCUCCUCAACUGCACAUAAGUGACGGCGCAUUGAUUGGUGCCGAAUCGGGCAAUCUAAGUUGAAAAUAUUUUCCGCCCAAUUUUCAAGAUUUUACAUUCAGACUCCCCAUCACACAUCGGACAACCCGAGUUUCAGAGAGGCCAAGCUGGAUUUUUCCAAAUAGGUCCACUGAUGUUUAUUACAACGCAACGUUUUUGGCUGCCCCUGUUGAGUGAGAAGACGAAGAAGGACAACAAUGAGCCUCGAAUAAAUGAAGAAAUCACUGCUCAGUUUGUCAGGCUUGUUGUUGAUGAUGGACAUUCAAUGGUUUUGAGGCUUUAAGCACUACAACGAGCUAGGAGGCUCAAGCUUGACUUGGUGGAGGGAUGGUUGGCAAGUAAAAUCUACAGCCGAGCAAGCUGUUUCAAUGACUGGAAAAUGAACCUUUGCAUAUUGUUUUUCACUCUAACUUAAGAUAGUCCAUAUGUAUAGGGGUGCGCGCGCGCGCAACAUUGUUUUAAUAAACUAGUUAUCACAUGCAUGUGGAGUUGAGUUUGAGAAAAAGGGUUGGCAAGGAAAUGCGCUUUUCUGCAAAAGCUACAAGAAUUAAAAGACCCGAAGAUGAAAGCAGAUAUGGUUAAAAAAUUAAUGGAGAAGGAUUACCAAGUUAAGGUUAUUUGAUCUAGAUUAUGACGUGCAAUGCUAUUCCCAUCUCUCCGCACUCAGAAGUUGACACCCGAGCAUCAAAGACCCAAUAAACAACGUCUUGCCAAUAUCUGUAUCGUCAAAUCCAUCCUUGAAGCUUCCUCCAGGGGUCAACUCUCACAAGCUGUUUCUUCUCUGGACAUCUUAGUUAUCAAAGGCAUUCGCUUACCCUCCCGCAUUCUCGGUCGUCUCUUACAACAAUGUGCAGAGACUAAGUCUUUAAGAGAUGGCAAAUUAGUUCAUCUUCAUCUGAAGCUGACUGGUCUGAAGCGUCCCACAACAUUUUUAGCUAAUCACUUAAUAUGUAUGUACUUCAGGUGUGGCCAUCACAUAGAAGCACGCAAGGUGUUUGAUAAAAUGGAGGUGAGAAAUCUGUACUCUUGGAAUAAUAUGCUUUCUGGAUAUGUUAAAUUAGGGAUGAUAAGUCAAGCGAGAAGAUGGUUCGAUAAAAUGCCUGAGAGGGAUUACAUAUCUUGGAAUACGAUGGUCAUUGGGUAUGCACAGAAUGGGAUCUUUGAUGAGGCUUUGGAUUUUUAUAGACAGCUGAGAAGAUUGUCUAUAGGCUAUAAUGAAUUUAGUUUUGCAGGUGUCUUGACUGCCUGCGUGAAAUUGAAAGAAUUUGAACUUUCUAGGCAGAUCCACGGGCAGGUUUUAGUUGCUGGAUUUUCACCCAAUGUGGUUAUAUCAAGUUCACUUCUUGAUGCAUAUGUGAAGUGUGGUAAAGUGGAAGAUGCUAGGAGGUUAUUUGAUGAAAUGCCCUUCAAGGACGUUUUUGUGUGGACUACAUUAGUUUCAGGUUAUGCCAAUUGGGGAAAUAUGAAUUCAGCUGUUGAACUUUUCAAUCAGAUGCCGGAAAAGAAUUCUAUUUCAUGGACAUCUUUGAUUGGUGGUUAUGCCAAAUUGGGUUUGGGUCAUGAAGCACUUGAAGUAUUUAGAAAGAUGAUCACGCAUCAUGUUAAACCAGAUCAAUUUACAUACAGUAGCUGUCUAUCUGCUUGUUCAAUCACUGCUUCAUUCAAACAGGGGAAGCAAAUACAUGCUCAUCUUAUUCGAAAUAACAUCAGAAUUAAUAAUAUUCUUGUUAGUGCUAUUAUUGACAUGUAUUCAAAAUGUGGCAGCAUGGAAAAUGCCAAAAAAAUAUUCCAUGUCAUGGGAGAUAAGCAAGAUGUGGUGAUUUGGAACACCAUGAUUGCUGCACUAGCUCACCAUGGUCAUGGCAUAGAAGCCAUUUUGCUGCUAAAAGAACUACUAAGAUCGGGUGUGAAGCCAAAUAGGAUCACUUUUGUUGUCAUUCUAAAUGCAUGUAGUCAUUCAGGUCUUGUGCAAGAAGGAAUUGAAUUGUUCAAUUCCAUGAAUCGUGAUCACAGGGUAGCUCUAGAUGAAGAACACUACGCAUGUCUUAUCGAUCUUUUGGGGCGGGCUGGACGUUUCAACGAAUUGAUGAAGUAUCUUCAGAUGAUGGAUUGUAAACCAGGUGACCAUGUUUUGAAUGCGUUGCUUGGUGUAUGUAGAAUUCAUGGAAAUAUAGACAUAGGAAGAGAAGCAGCGGAACACCUUAUUGAAUUGGAGCCUAAAUCUUCUGGCGCCUAUGUUAUGCUUUCAAGUGCAUAUGCUGCACUUGGAAAAUGGGAAUUGGUAGAGAAAGUAAGACAGCUUAUGGAUGAGAGACAAGUGAAAAAGGAACUGGCCAUUAGUUGGAUUGAAAUUGACAAUAAGGUCCAUGCUUUUACUGUAUCUGAUGCGUCACACCCGCUGAAGGAAACCAUAUACUCAGUUUUGGGGCACUUGGGUAACCAGAUGGAAGACAAUGUCCUCUUACCAAAAAAGAUUCCUUUGUGAAAGUCAGUGAUGUUUUUUAAUCAGUAGGCCCUUUCAGGAAGAAGAGUUUCCCUAACGUUAUUCUUUUCUUCAUUGAUACCAGAUUUUGUAGCACCAAACUUCACAUAGGCCUUAUUCAAGACACAAACGGAAAGACCUUGCCUUGGGGAAAAAAGCAGCCAGGCAAGAAUAGUGGGGGAAUUAGUAGAUUUCAUGAAAGCUGUUAUGCUUCCUUUUAUCCCCAAAUUUUUGUGUGUAUUUUUCCUUUCAAUUGAUGAGAUAAAUUUCAGGAAUUAAUAAAUAUAUAUAGAUUUUUAACCC